CAACUCAGAACAGCUAAGUGCACUGCUUCUCAUUUCACUGAACAAAGGUGCUGUGGCCAGAGUCUCCAGGACAAGAACUGCCAAGUAAAGCAGUUGAGGUGGAAGCCAGGAGCUUACCUAUGGAGCUGAGUGAGAAGGGAGGCGUGCAGAACAAUGGAUUUGUUCAAAAUGAGGAUUUUGAGGACAAGGAAGUGGCCACCAGUAGCGAAGAAGAAAUGCCAAAAACAUGCAGUGUUGAUGUGGACUCAGUGGCUGUGGAGGAGACAGUGUUGAAGCCUUAUGCUGGGAUGCCAAAGGAGGUCCUGCUGCAGUUCUCCAGCCAAGCCCGCUACAGAGUCACCAGGGAGAUCCUCUUCUGGCUCGUAAUUGCUGGUUCCCUUGUGCUUGUGUGCGCUACAAUUGCCAUCAUUGCUCUCUCUCCAAAGUGCCUUGACUGGUGGCAGGCUAGUCCUAUUUAUCAGAUUUAUCCUCGCUCCUUCAGGGACAGCAACAUGGAUGGGAAUGGGGAUCUGAAAGGUAUCCAAGAAAAACUGGACCAUAUUACAUAUUUGAAUAUAAAAACCAUCUGGAUCACCUCUUUCUUUAAGUCCCCUUUGAAAGACCUUGGAUAUGGAGCUGAAGACUUCUAUGACAUUGAUCCCAUUUUUGGAUCAAUGACAGAUUUUGAGAAUCUGAUUGCAGCCAUACAUGACAAAGGGCUAAAGGUGAUAAUGGAUUUAAUACCAAACCACACAAGUGACAAACACCGGUGGUUUCAGCUGAGCCGCAAUCGGACUGGGAAGUACGCAGACUACUACAUCUGGCAGGACUGCAGGCAGGCUGCUGGCUCACUCAUCCCUCCCAACAACUGGGUGAGUGUCUUUGGGAAUUCGAGCUGGCAGUUUGACGAGGUGAGAAAACAAUGCUAUUUCCAUCAGUUUGGGAAGGAACAGCCAGACUUAAAUUUUCGCAACCCUGCUGUCCAGCAAGAAAUCCAUGAUAUUAUAAAAUUUUGGCUCGGCAAAGGAGUUGAUGGAUUUAGUUUUGGCGCUGUUAAAUUUCUCUUAGAAGCAACACAUCUCCGAGAUGAGCCUCCAGUGAACAAGUCUCAGAAUGGAGAGAAUAUCACAGCCUAUUCCCAGCUCUACCAUGACUACACCACCACACAAGUUGGUUUGCAUGACAUCAUCCGCAGCUUCCGUCACACCAUGAAUGAGUUCAGCAGAGAGCCUGGCAGAUACAGAUUUAUGGGUUCUGAUGAUGAUGAAAAGGAAGAUAUUGAAGCCACAAUGAUGUAUUAUGGAACGACUUUUAUCCAAGAAGCAGAUUUUCCCUUCAAUUUCAACCUAAUUAACAUGAAAUAUCUAUCAGGCAACAGUAUUUUUGAAGCUGUCAACUCGUGGAUGAAAAACAUGCCUGCAGGAAAAUGGCCAAACUGGGCAGUUGGAAGCCCUAAUGCUGCUCGGAUUUCAACUCGGAUAGGGAAGGAGUACAUCAAUGUCAUGAACAUGCUGCUUUUAACCCUCCCUGGCACUCCUGUAACUUACUAUGGUGAAGAAAUAGGCAUGGAGAACAUUGCAUCAGAAAAUGCAACCCUCCCAGAGAAAUCCCCCAUGCAGUGGGAUGGAAAAGUUAAUGCUGGUUUUACUGAAGGCAACAGCAGCUGGUUACCUGUUAACUCUGACUACCAAAGUGUAAAUGUGGAAGCCCAGAGCACCUGGUCCAACUCAACCCUGAGUGUGUACAGAGCGCUGACUUUGCUGCGGAACAGUGAGCUCCCCAUGAAUCGAGGGUGGAUGUGCCUCAUCUGGAAUGACAGCAACGUGUUUGUGUACGUGAGGGAGCUGGAUGGGUUAGACAGAGUCUUCAUGAUGGUGCUCAACUUCGGCCAGGAGUCGACAACAGACCUGCAGGCCAUAGUUCCUAACCUUCCCUCUGAAGCUGUAAUAAGGCUCAGUACUCAUUUUAGCAAUGCUGGUAAAGUGGUCAAUACCAAACUAAUUAAAACUGAAAUGGGAGAAGGUCUGGUCCUUGAAUAUAAAACAGCAAAGCCUGUUCAUACUAUGGAAGCUUUUCAAGGGAAGUGUUUUGUGGCAGAAAAAGCUUGUUAUUCCAAGGCCCUCAAUUUACUCUACGUGAACUGUUAAGUAGUGGAGUAGAAUACCCAUGCUUUCAUGUUAAUUUAGAAGAUAGUAGCUUCAGGGAAAUGCUAAAAAUACUCAAUUUUGUUCAGCUUUUAAAAUGUUAUUUGUGUACAAAGUCAAUGUCCUGAAAGAUCACAUACGUAAUUGUCUUGUAUCUGUAUUUGUGAUGAAAAGGAAAAAGAAUAGUAUAAACUCCCCCUUAGGAUCUGUGGAGAAGAAAAGUAAACCUGUUCUGAAAACUGUCCUGUUUAAGUAUGUAUUUCUGGGAGGAGAAGGAAACAGUUGCUUUCUGGGUGCUGACCCUGGAGGCUGCUGGUCUGUAAGUGCUCCUGUGGAAUCCCAAGCCUGUGGCAGUUCACUGUAACUUUUUAGAAGUCUGCAGCUUUAUAAAAAUUAUUCCAAAGGGGUGGCCCUAUAUUUGCUAAAACAGGUGAACACAAGCAGGACUAGUGUAUAUUGUUGUGAUGUCUCACCUCUUAUCUCAAAUCUAAUAACUCUGAUUAUCCUCAGAGUUAGUAAGAAAAAGAACAAACUGUAGCUAAUAUCUAGUUCCACACUCAUAAUUGCAUUUCCAGUUGAUUCUCUCCCUCCCUGCUGAGUUAGAAUAUGUUUGCCUUCUCUUAUUUCUUUUCCUGCCCUAAGGCUGAGGUGAGGGCUGUGUACUUUAGUUCAGAGGAAGGAGCUGAACCAACCCUACUGAAUGUCACACUUGUACACGUGCUCUGAUUUGCAUUUGCUGCACCUGCAGUGGUUGAUGUGGCCCUAGGUGUGCACCACACACCUCUUUUAACAAGCAAUGCACAGCAGAUUUGUGCCUUGCUCAGAGGGCAGGUAAGCUAUGAAUCAGGCUGCU